AUGGUGGGCUUCAGCUCUCGGGAAAUAACAUCCUCGUACAUGGAGAAUUGUAUAGCACUCCCAAAAGGGGUGCAAUUGACGACGAUCCUCUUGACGCAGAGGAGGACGAGCCUUGACGGGACACUCGCGGCUGCCGUGUCGCUGGUUCAGAUGGGCCUCCUUCGGUGCUACCGAGCCCUCGGUGAGGCUCGGGUUCGUUUUACGGGUGUCUCAGAUGCUGUCCGGGACGGAGUUCGGUUGGCUGGCGGUGUGGUCUCGUCAACCGGUGACUCGGUGGAGUUGGUGAGGGGCUGUUUCGAUGUGGCUGGGGCCCGUUUUGGUUUGACUGGGGGCUGUUUCGAUUUGACCGGGGGUUGUUUGGAGGUGGCAGGUGAUCGUGAGGUGCUGGCCGACUGCUUUGCGAUGGUGGUCGGUUUCGGUAUCGCCGGCGAGGCCUUCGGCUGUGACGAUGAAGCCGCCACUUCAGACGACUUCCGCUGGCCCUUAGACCUCUCGACGGUGUGA